UGUCUUUCCUCCAUCUAGGCCUUAAAGAAUGCCAUCCAGAAGCAGCGACACAGAGGGUUCACCCCAAAAGAAAUUUCCAAGACACAGUAAAGACCACAAUUUCCAAAGGCCUGAGGACAUGAAGCAGAGACAGCGAGAUAAAGGCCCUGCUAGUGAGUUAGACACUGUCCUUCCACCUCCCAAGUCAGAGAAGCCAUACAGUGAUAAUGGCUACCAAGGAGAAGAUCUCUCAAGAGACGACCUAUUAUUUCUCCUCAGCAUCCUGGAGGGAGAACUACAGGCUCGAGAUGAAGUCAUAGGCAUUCUAAAGGCUGAAAAAAUGGACUUGGCUUUGCUGGAAGCUCAAUAUGGGUUUGUCACUCCAAAAAAGGUGUUAGAGGCUCUUCAGCGUGAUGCUUUCAAAGCAAAAUCUGCCCCCUGGCAGGAGGAUAUCUAUGAGAAACCUAUGAAUGAGUUGGACAAAGUUGUGGAAAAACAUAAAGAAUCUCACAGACGAAUCCUGGAACAACUUUUAAUGGUAGAAAAAUCCCACAGGCAAACCAUAUUGGAGUUGGAGGAAGAACAGAGAAAACAUAAAGAAUACAUGGAGAAGAAUGAUGAAUUCAUAAGCUUACUGGAACAAGAAUGUGAAAGAUUAAAGAAGGUGAUUGACAAAAAAACUGAGUCCCAGGAGAAGAACGAGCAAGAAAAGGAGAAAAGGGUCAUUGCCCUGAAGGAGGAGCUGACCAAGCUGAAGUCUUUUGCUUUGAUGGUGGUAGACGAACAACAAAGGCUGACAGCACAGCUCACCCUUCAAAGACAGAAAAUCCAAGACCUGACCACAAGUGCAAAGGAAACACAUGCUAAACUAGCCCUUGCUGAAGUCAGAGCUCAGGAAGAAGAGCAGAAGGCAACCAGACUAGAGAAAGAAUUGCAAACGCAGACCACAGAGUUUCACCAAAACCAAGAAGCCAUUAUGGCAAAGCUCACCAAUGAGGACAGCCAAAAUCGCCAGCUCCGACAAAAGCUGGCAGCACUCAGCCGACAAAUUGAUGAGUUAGAAGAGACAAACAGGUCUUUAAGAAAAGCGGAAGAGGAGCUGCAAGAUAUAAAAGAAAAAAUCAACAAGGGAGAAUGUGGAAAUGCUGGCAUCAUGGCUGAAGUGGAGGAGCUCAGGAAACGUGUGCUAGAAAUGGAAGGGAAGGAUGAAGAGCUGAUAAAAAUGGAGGAGCAGUGCAGAGAUCUCAAUAAGAGGCUCGACAGGGAAACAUCACAGAGCAAAGACUUUAAACUAGAGGUUGAAAAGCUCAAUAAAAGGAUUAUGGCUCUGGAAAAAUUAGAAGAUGCUUUCAACAAAAGCAAACAAGAUUGUUACUCUCUGAAAUGCAAUCUAGAAAAAGAAAAGAUGACCACGAAGCAGUUAUCUCAAGAACUGGAAAGCUUAAAAGUGAGGAUUAAAGAGCUAGAAGACAUUGAAAGUCGGCUGGAGAAAACAGAAUUCACCCUAAAAGAGGAUUUAACUAAACUGAAAACAUUAACAGUGAUGCUCGUAGAUGAACGGAAAACAAUGAGCGAGAAAUUAAAGCAAACUGAAGAUAAGUUACAAACUGCUUCUUCUCAACUUCAAAUGGAGCAAAAUAAAGUGACAUCUGUCACUGAGAAGUUAAUUGAGGAAACUAAAAGGGCACUCAAGUCCAAAACCGAUGUGGAAGAAAAGAUGUACAGUAUAACCAAAGAGAGAGAUGAUCUAAAAAACAAGCUGAAAGCAGAGGAAGAGAAAGGAAAUGAUCUCCUGUCAAAAGUUAAUAUGUUGAAAAAUAGGCUUCAGUCUUUGGAGGCAACUGAGAAAGAUGUCCUACAAAACAAAUUAAAACAAGAUUCUGUUAAGUCCACUACAACAUUACACCAAGAAAAUAAUAAGAUUAAAGAGCUCUCUCAAGAAGUGGAAAGACUGAAACUGAGACUAAAGGAUAUGAAAGCCAUCGAGGAUGACCUCAUGAAAACAGAAGAUGAGUAUGAAACCCUAGAACGAAGGUAUGCCAGUGAACGAGACAGAGCUCAAUUUUUAUCUGAAGAGCUGGAACAUGUUAAAAUUGAACUUGCCAAGUACAGGUUAGCAGAAAAGACAGAAUCCAGCCAUGAACAAUGGCUUUUCAAAAGGCUUCAAGAAGAAGAAGCUAAGUCAGGGCACCUCUCAAGAGAAGUAGAUGCAUUAAAGGAGAAAAUUCAUGAAUACAUGGCAACUGAGGACCUAAUAUGUCACCUCCAGGGUGAUCACUCAAUUCUGCAAAAGAAACUCAAUCAACAAGAAAACAGAAACAGAGAUUUAGGAAGAGAGAUUGAAAACCUCACUAAAGAGUUAGACAGGUACCGACAUUUCAGUAAGAGCCUCCGGCCUAGUCUCAAUGGAAGAAGAAUCUCUGACCCUCAAGUAUUUUCUAAAGAAGUCCAAACAGAAGCAGUGGACAAUGAACCACCUGAUUAUAAGAGUCUCAUUCCUCUGGAACGGGCCGUCAUUAAUGGUCAGUUAUAUGAGGAGAGUGAGGACCAGGAUGAGGACCAUAAUGAUGAGGAAUCAGUGCUGUCCUUCAAAUGCAACUCAUCUACUUCCUGUCCUGUUAACAGGAAGCUAUGGAUUCCUUGGAUGAAAUCCAAGGAGGGUCAUCCUCAGAAUGGAAAAAUACAAACUAAAUCCAAUGGCAACUUUGUGCAACCUGGAGAUCUAGUUCUUAGCCACACACCUGGACAGCCACUUCAUAUAAAAGUUACUCCAGACCAUGCUCAAAACACAGCCACUCUUGAAAUCACAAGUCCGACCACAGAGAGUCCUCACUCUUACACAAGUACCGCAGUGAUACCAAACUGUGGCACUCCAAAGCAAAGGAUAACCAUCCUCCAGAAUGCCUCCAUAACGCCAAUGAAAUCCAAAACCUUUACUGAAGGCCUUACAAAUUUAGAGCAAGGCAUGUCCCCAAUUACUUUAGCAACCUUUGCCAGAGCUCAGACCCCAGAGUCUUGUGGUUCUAUAACUCCAGAAAGGACAAUGUCACCUAUUCAGGUUUUGGCUGUGACUGGUCCAGCUAGCUCUCCUGAGCAGGGACGCUCCCCAGAGCCAAUAGAAAUCAGUGCCAAGCACGCGAUUUUCAGAGUCUCCCCAGACCGGCAAUCAUCGUGGCAGUUUCAACGUUCAAAUAGCAAUAGUUCAAGUGUGAUAACUACUGAGGAUAAUAAAAUCCACAUUCACUUAGGAAGUCCUUACAUGCAAGCCGUGGCCAGCCCCGUGAGACCUGCAAGCCCUUCAGCACUACCGCAGGAUAACCGAACUCAAGGCUUAACUAACGGGGCAUUAAACAAAACAACCAGUAAAGUCACCAGCAGUAUUACUAUCACACCAACAGCCACAUCUCUUCCUCGACAAUCACAAAUUACAAUCAAGGAGGUAUGCAAGCCAAGAAUCCCAACACGGAUCCCUAAACCAAAAUCUACAACCACCACUAAGCUUUCCACUAAGGCUCCCCCAGGGCCUAUAGAAAAGCCUACUCACCAUGCUGGCUGUGGGAAGCUACAUAUCAUAAGGACGGUCACCUCCAACACUUUACUCCAUAUGGGAGGGAAAAGGUAAGUCAUACCAAUGUACCAUCUGGAUACAUUCAUCUACAGAAAUAUCUGGAAGGCUGAAAUUACCACUAUGGAAGGCCAAAGAGGAAGGGCCAUCCCUCCAGGAGAUGGUAAAGCAGCAAACUGACAGAGUGGAAUACCCGGUGAAGAUCAUCCUAUAAGGGCAGUCUGUCUACAAUUAUCAUACCUAUAUAUAUGUAUACUCACACACACAUGCACACACACAUUUACAAGCACACAUACAACCCACGUACACACAAUUCCUCAUCCUACUUGUAAUCCAGUCCAAAGUAAAUCCUUAGACUAUCUAUCACCAGUUUUAGAUAGGAUUAAAUUCACUACAACAGUUCAAGACUUUUCUGGUGAAAAGAGCUAGAAGUAAUCUUUCAUUCCACAAAACUUUAUUGACUAAUCAUGUUUUGCCAAGAAAAUGUGCUAGCGAGAAUUGCUAUUUUAAGAAAGAUUAUUUCCAUCAAAAUGCCAGGACAAUUAGAAUCAUCCUUUAAGGUCUAAAACUAUGAUUUCUCUAUGACCAGGAGACAAAAGUGAUAAUUCUUAGUUAAAAGGAGAAAAGAAACAACAAAAAUGAGUAAUGGCUAAACAUAUCCUUUGUCUGGGCUACUUGAUAAUCGCUGGUGUAGUAUAAACCCUUGACUGGGGCACUUAGCAUCAUUUUUCUAGUAGGUUGCCCCUCCUAUAUAUACGACGCUGUGGAACCAUGGAAUCAUAUUGCUAGGCUUGUAGGGGAAACCAUUUUAAGUUGGCAUUGUUGCUUUCUAUAGCAAUCUAGCCAUUUGAGAGUCAAAGUUUGCUAAUAUUUUCAGAUCUUGCAGAGAGAUAGAAUGGCUGAGUGUUAAAAAAAGGCAAAAAACAAAAUAAAAUGGACAAAGUUUCAUAAUCUCAUAGAAAAUUCUUUAAUCACAUCUCUUCCCUGAAUAUAAAAAAUCAGUCAAUUCAACAAAAGCUUGGGAUCAGGAGACUCAAAUUCCAAUAUCAGCUUUUCACUGAUGUGAUAUUAAGCUUAAUAUUCAUCAGUCUAAGCCAUGAGUUUCUCAUAUGUAAAAUAGGAGAGAUGAAAAUUCUUCAGGCCCCUUCCAGUUUUAAUACCCCAUUAGUAUGUCCCACUACCCCUGGGAUGAAGCCAGCAGAACGGGAGAAAAGAGCUGCCUGCCAUUCCCAGCACUCACCAGCCAAGCCCAUGUCAGAGCAAUGAUACCACUGUACAAAUACCACCAGGCCCACUCCACUUUAAUGGAGGAAGAGAAGGGGCUGGAGGUGUUGGGUUAUGCAAGCCAAAGAGAAAGAGAUGAUGUGCAGGAGACCCAGCAGGCAAGUGGCAGAAGGAUAAGGUGGGGAGGUCAGGUGAAUUAAAAGCCUAAAAUGGGAAAGCCCAAGUUACAGUAAGAGAAAGCGAAAGGGCGUAGACUACAAAAGAAGGUGAUAGAACUCUGACAUCAAAAUAAUACAACAGACGAUUCAGAGGGAAGUGCAGGACAGUAACGUGUGGACAAUACUACGGGAAAACAAGUGUGGAGGGCUUAGCACUGGGCCUGAAAUAAAGCAGGUAAUAAAUCAAUCUUGAGUGGACAGAGGAUAUGUGAAUGAGGGACAGGGGACAGAAGGAUCAUUCAGUCAAAACGUAAGUGUGAAAAUGUGUUAAGAUAUGGCAAUGGUGUAUGACAGAGGUUACGAAAAGCAAUUAAGCUGGGUGACAUUCAACACUGGUAAUUCUGCUAAUGGAAAGAAAAAAACAAUGGAAUCCCUACAGUGAAAAUCGAACAGAUCGAAAAGGAGCAUUAUAUCAACCAUGAGAUAUCACGAAAAACAAACAUCAGCAAUACUCCCAGAAAAACAAAAUUCUCUGGGAAAGUUUUAGCUUGAAGAGGAGCACAAAAUAUGUUGUCUGUGGGAGAUGUCAAAACUCUUUUCUCCUGACAUAGUCUGAAGACUCCCUAAAGCAUGUUUUCAUGCCAAGGUGGCCUAAGUUCAAGAGUAAGCAAGAAAUGAGACAAGAUACUGUGCAAAGCACUUUUAAAAAGGCUAGGAAAAUAUCAACUCUUCUAAGGCAACCAGCAGAAACCUAUCUUUACGUUUAAAUGGUAAUACAGUAACAGUCUUUAAAAUAACAAAAGGUUUGCCAAACAAAAAAUAUGCUCAUUUCAAGAAAUAUAUAAUACAAUAAAAAUGCAAAUACAACUAAGAACUGGGAGUACUAUUUGGAGUUCAAAAAAAUGGUAUUUGACCUAUAACACCACUGAAAUAUACAGAAUCCUGCUUCCUGAACCAUCUGUCAGCACAAAUGUGGCCCCCUUGAAGAACAAUGAAAUAAAAGAAGCUGUCCUAAUAAUGGUAGUGACUUUAUCUAGUUAAUUGAAUUUUUAAAAAUAAGCAAAUAAAAAUCCAAGUAAAUGAAUACAAAUCCAAUUUCUAACAAAAAACUUUAAAACCUGAUUAUUUUAUGCUGGACUCUUUCCCCAGCCCUGUAUUUAUUUAACUUCAAUGAUUUCUGAAGUAAUUUCUCUGUAACAUUUUGAAACAAAGUAUAUAAUGUUAACAGGAAAGUGAAUGAACUAAUGUAUGACUGGUAAUUAUGAAAUGAAUAAUGGAGUAACUGACGUAAAACACAACUAUCUCUGAAGUAUGUUUCGAAUUUCUUCUUCUCGAAAGAUGUGAUAUUCAAUCCAGGGUAUGAUUCUGAGUCUGGGGCAGGGAUCUGCAAACUACAGCCCACAGGCCAAAUUCAGCCCACUGUCUAUUUUUAUAUGGCCUAAGAGCUAAGAUUAAAUAGUUGGGGAAAAAGAUCAAAAGAAGAAACUAUUUUGUGACAUGUGAAUAAUACAUGAAAUUCAAAUUUCACUGUCCACAAAUAAAGUUUUAUUGGAACACAGCCAUGCUCACUUACUUAUUUACUGUCUAUAACUGCUUUCACACUACAACAGCAGAGUUAACUAGCUGCAAAAGAGACCCUCAAAGGCUAAAAUAUUUAGUAUCUGGCAUUUUACAGUAAAAAUUUGUCAACCUCUGGUUUAGUGGGAACUAGACGAACAAGGAACUCAGUUACAAGAACUUAAAAAGCAAUUAAACAACUAAUCUUUUAAAGAGAUUUUAAAAUUUGAAAUGAAAAUGAAAGUUGAUGAAAAGGGGAAAAUUAUAUUUCAAGCUGUUUGUGAUAUAUUUAGUAAAAUAUAUAAUUCUAUGAAUACAUAUAAGUGUUCAACUAAGGAACAUCAUAUAAGAACAGUUCAAAGGAUUUUUGCCACUAAAUAAUAUAAUGUAUUAUUGUUUAAGCUGAGGGGAGGGAAAUGGAAGUAUUUCUAGGCCUUCUAAAUACCUGAGUGGUAUUUUUCAAGAGAUUUGGAGACAUUUAAUAAAAUUAUAACAGGAUCUUUUUAGGUGAUUUGAAAGACUGUAAAUUUGUAUCUUUAAACUUUCAUAACUGUUGUCAAGAACCACUCGUUUAAUCAUUUGCAAGAAUAAUGGAAAUUGUAUACAGUAAAGCAAAACCAGCCCAUGAUGUUUAUCUAUGUGUCCAUUUGUUACAGUCAAGUACAGUACAAUGACUAAUAAAUGUAGCUUGUUCUCCUCUCUUUCCUUUUCUCCCCUUUUUAAAUUCAUCCUGUCCCUGCUUUUUGCCUUUGAACAUCUGUCUUAAAAAUAAAAUUUGCAUUUUGAUUGACCCAAACACCUUUGUUUUAAUGUAUAAGUGUAUAAUGUAUAAAUAUUAACAUAUAAAUCUUAUAAUGUAAUUAUUUUCCCUCUAAUUUCUUUACAGUGCCUAAAACAAGGCCAAGUAUAAGAACUCAAUAAAUGAUUUUAAAAAUGACAUGCCCUGAAGUUGAUCCAAUAUUGUGUGUUAUAAGCAUCUACCGUAAAACUUCCAAGUCUGAAUUUUAUAUGCAGAAGCAAUGCUUUACAAGAUCUAUUUUGCAUGGCUGCCUAUUCAUAAAAUUAAUACUGUAAAGGCCUACCUUUGAUGUGAGAAAAGGAAAA